UGUGUGAUAGGGUUCAGUUUACAUUUUACACUUUACACCACUUUACACCAGUUUACACUCACCGGAGCGGCCUGUUUUAAAGUUCUACAACAGUAUGGUAUUGAGAUUAAACGCAUUUCUUCCACUUUGUGUGUGUUUAAUGCUGGUUUGUUGUACACUGAGUGUGUGUUCUGAGGAUGAGCUGAAAGGAGGUGUGGACGUGAACCCAGAGCCGCUCGAUCAGCAGGUUAAAUACAACAUGCGGAAAUCUGAGGAUCUGGAUGAUGAAGGCUGUUUCCUCCAAACGGGUCACAACGAGGUGCUGCAGCAGUGUGGGUUCAACACCACGGCCAAGACUAUCCUUAUCAUCCACGGCUGGACGAUAGGGGGUGUCUUUGAGAGUUGGAUGUACAAGCUGGUCUCAGCAGUAGUGCAGCGUGAGGCUGAGGCCAAUGUCAUUGUGGUGGACUGGCUUGGUUUGGCACAUCAACUUUAUCCUGACGCUGUCAAUCACACACUCCGUGUCGGACACAGCAUUGCCACAUUGCUUGAUUGGCUAAAGGAUGAACAGCAGCUGCCUCUGGAGAAUGUGCAUCUUAUUGGUUACAGUCUGGGAGCUCAUGUAGCAGGAUAUGCUGGAACAUUCGUUAAUGGGAAAGUCGGCCGUAUAACAGGGUUGGACCCGGCCGGUCCCAUGUUUGAGGGGGCGGAGCCAAACAAACGCCUGUCUCCAGAUGAUGCAGACUUUGUGGAUGUUCUGCACACAUACACACGUGAAGCUCUGGGUGUGAGCAUCGGCAUCCAGCAGCCAAUCGGACACAUUGACAUCUACCCUAAUGGGGGAGAUGUGCAGCCCGGAUGUGCCCUGGGGGACGUCCUGUCCUCUGCUGCUGCAGGGGACUUUAUGGAGGUGAUGAAGUGUGAGCACGAGCGUGCGGUGCACCUGUUUGUUGACUCCCUGAUGGAUAAGGAGCACAUGAGUUUUGCGUAUCAGUGCACAGGGCCUGAGCGCUUUAAUAAAGGGAUCUGUCUGAGCUGCAGGAAGAACCGCUGCAACAACGUGGGCUACAACACGCGCAGUGUGCGCAGGACGAGGAACAGUAAGAUGUACCUGAAGACCCGCGCUGACACGCCCUUUGCUGGUUACCACUAUCAGAUGAAGAUGCAUGUCUUUAACCGGAAACACUCUGAUGAUGCAGAUCCCACCUUUUACAUCAAACUUUUUGGAGCUCACAAUGACACCAAUGACAUUUACGUUGACAUUGCUGAUGGUGUGGGUUUGAACCUCACCAACACGUUUCUGAUAUUUACGGAGGAGGAUAUUGGAGAGCUGUUGAAGAUCCGCCUGACCUGGGAGAGUCCCACUGAGUCCUUCUCGGCUGUGUGGAAACACAUUAAGUCUUUCUGGUCCACUUCCUCAAGUACCAAAGUGCUGCAGGUCCGCAGGAUCCGCAUCAAGUGUGGAGAGUCACAGAGGAAGUUCACAUUCUGUGCUGAAGACAUGGCAGUAACAGACAUCACUCCGGGGAAAUCUGUAACCUUUGUGAAAUGUCGUGACGGUUGGGAGGUGAAACCCAGGAAACGGAUCCAGGGCUGAGGGGAUCACGGUCACUGAUGUGUGUGUGUCUGCAGGAUCCAGGGCUGAGGGGAUCACGGUCACUGAUGUGUGUGUGUCUGCAGGAUCCAGGGCUGAGGGGAUCACGGUCACUGAUGUGUGUGUGUCUGCAGGAUCCAGGGCUGAGGGGAUCACGGUCACUGAUGUGUGUGUGGAUUGGGAUGUGACUGCUCUCUUCACAGGCUGAGCACUUUUUUAUCUGUUUCUUUUUUCUAAACAGUUGGGGCAUGAAGCAAAAGUGUGUUUGUGUAUGAAGGAGGGUGUGUGUGUGUGUGUGUGUGUGUGUGUGUGUGGGUGUGUGUGUGUGUGUGUGGGUGUGUUUCUCUUUUGAUACUAAUUUGUACAGGCCUAUUUAUUUGUGAUCUAGCCUGUGUCU